AUGUCUGAUAGAGUUAACCUUCAAUGUGCACUUCUUUUUGAUUGUGAUGAAAAGACUAGUAUUCAUCGAUGUAUGGAACGGGGUAGAGAUAGUGGACGAAUUGAUGAUAACGAAGAAACUUUGAAAAAACGAAUUGCCACCUAUCAAGGAUCAACUAAAGCAGUAAUUCAAUAUUAUGAAAAAGAAAAUUUAGUCAAACAAAUUGAUGUAGCAAAUGAUGUCGUCGAGGAGAAUUUAUUUAGUCGUUCCGCUGUAUUAAUGAUAAUCUCAUUUUUAAAUUUAUCUUUUAAUAAACUAGUUUAA